GAGGGGUUUUUGUUUUAGCUAACAAGUAAGAAACAAACUUAUAUUCCCAUUUCUCUUUUUCAAUUAUUUUCUUUUUUCUGUCUACAAAAGGGGCAAAGAGAGAGAAAUUGAAAGUCGGAUAUGCUCAAACCAAACCACUGCGUUUCUCUCUCUUUCCUGUUGCAAUGAUUUUCGUCUCCCAAACCCAAACGUAACUCUUUCUCUUUUGUUUUAAUUUUUCUUUAGGUUUUUUUCUUUUUUUUUAGAAAGAAAACUCAUUUUUAAGGUCCAAGUAUUUGGAAAUUUUGCGUUGAUUGCAAGAAAUGAGCAAAGGGAUUGUAAAGGAAGAAGGGCCGUCGUCGUCCGCUGUUGUUUCGUCGGAGAAUCGUCCUAUUGGUGGUCUGAGAGGUGUCCAAUGGCGUAUCAAUCUCGGGAUUUUACCUUUUUCUUCUUCUUCAAUUGAUGAUCUUCGCAGGGUAACUGCUGAUUGUCGCAGAAGAUAUGCUGGGUUGAGAAGGCGGCUGCUAGUGGAUCCACAUGUUCCCAAGGACGGAGGAAGUAAUUCCCCUAAUCUUGUAAUGGACAAUCCACUCUCACAAAACCCAGACAGCACCUGGGGUCGAUUCUUUCGGAAUGCUGAGUUGGAAAAAAUGGUUGACCAGGAUUUAUCACGGUUAUAUCCAGAACAUGGAAGCUACUUCCAGACUCCUGGAUGCCAGGGAAUGUUAAGACGCAUAUUGUUGCUGUGGUGCCUUAGACACCCAGAGUAUGGUUAUAGGCAAGGAAUGCAUGAACUAUUGGCUCCUCUGCUAUACGUUCUUCAUGUUGAUGUUGAGCAUCUUUCAGAAGUGCAAAGCCUUUAUGAAGACCAUUUCAUUGACAAAUUUGAUGGAUUGUCAUUUGAAGAAAAUGAUGUUACAUACAAUUUUGAUUUUAAGAAGUUUUUAGAUUCCAUGGAAGAUGAGAUUGGAUCUCAAGGUAAUUCAAAGAAAGUUAGGAGUCUUGAUGAGCUUGGUCCUGAGAUACAGACCAUCGUGUUGCUCAGUGAUGCUUACGGAGCUGAAGGUGAACUUGGAAUUGUCUUGUCUGAGAAAUUUAUGGAACAUGAUGCCUACUGUAUGUUUGAUGCUUUGAUGACUGGGGCACGUGGUUCAGUUGCUAUGGCAGAUUUUUUUGCUCCCUCUCCUUUAGCUGAGUCUCACAGUUGCAUGCCUCCUGUCAUUGAAGCCUCAGCUGCAUUAUAUCAUUUACUGUCAAUUGUUGAUUCAUCUCUAUAUAGCCAUCUUGUUGAGCUUGGUGUUGAACCACAGUAUUUUGCACUUCGCUGGUUGCGGGUUUUAUUUGGACGGGAGUUUUCACUUCAAGAUCUCUUAGUUCUCUGGGAUGAGAUUUUCACAGCAGGUAAUAGCCCCCUCGAUAGAGAGUCUGAAGAUGAUGAGAGUUCCAGUUUCAAAAUACUCAAUUCACACCGUGGAGCAUUAAUCGCUGCUAUGGCAGUCUCUAUGAUACUUUAUCUGAGAUCUUCCUUGCUUGCCACUGAAAAUGCAACUUCUUGUCUUCAGAGACUCUUAAAUUUUCCAGAGAGUAUAAAUCUGAACAAACUAAUAGCAAAGGCAAAGUCACUGCAAAUUCUUGCAUUGGAUUCUAACAUCUCAUCCUUGUCAUCAACUUUUGCUGGGGCUUAUAACCACAGCAAAUCUGCAGCGAGCGGUCACAAUCUUUUGUCUGAUCCAGUUUCUCCAAAAACUCCUCUAAGCCUUGUGCCUGACAGCUAUUGGGAAGAAAAAUGGAGAGUACUGCAUAAGGCAGAGGAACUAAGGCGUGAUAGUUUAGGAAAAAAAACUCCAAGUGGGGAAAAGAGAUGGUCAGAAAAACUAAAGCUGAGCCUAUCUAGAUCCAAGUCUGACCCUUCACCUGCAAGAGCAGAAAAAUGCAAAAAGGGCAAUAGAUCAUCCGUUAGGCGUAGUUUGCUUGAUGAUUUGUCACAGCAACUUGGGUUGGAGGAAGAUGCUGAAAAGGGAGGCUGUUUUGAUGGUUCUAAUGCAGAGGAUUGUCAUUCUAUAGAAGUUCAGGUGGAGGGACAAAACAGUACUAACAAGGAGUCCAUUUGCACAGCUGAGGAGAGAUGUGAGAGUGGAAGUGGAACUGUUGUCAGUGAAGAAAACUCCUUUGUUUUUUCUGGCCCUGCAAGUCCUGGUAGUGGUAGUAAUGACCAUGAAAAUGACACAGAAAAAAGUAGUGUUGCUUCAAAUUUAUCCUUAGAUGAAAAUGAUGAUCACCAGCAAAGUAACCCAGAAGAUUCACCUCUACCAGUUUCCCUUCUUCCUGAACAUGACUCUCUAAAUUCUCUGCAUGAGAAUGAAUCUUUAGGGAAGACGGUCUCAGCUAUGAAGGAGCAAAGGCAUCAUUCACGUAGAUUCCAGUGGUUUUGGAAGUUUGGACGAAACAAUGUCAGUGGGGAGACAACUGAUAAAGGAGGAAGUACCCAUGAGGAUGCAAAAUCUCCAAAUCAUGAUAUCAGGAGCAAUACAGCUGAUUCAUCUACUUCUGGUGCUUCUUGUAAUUCAUCUUCCACCAGCAAAGGAGAUGCUGUGGACCAGAAUGUAAUGGGCACGUUGAAGAAUCUUGGGCAGUCUAUGCUUGAACACAUUCAGGUUCUGGAGUCAGUUUUCCAGCAAGAUCGGGGUCAGGUGGGAUCAUUGGACAACUCUAAAAACAUUCUAGUUGGCAAAGGACAAGUUACAGCCAUGACAGCUCUCAAGGAGCUUCGGAAGAUCAGCAACCUUUUAUCAGAGAUUUGAAGGGCUAUUCGUAAAUUAUCGAACCAAAAACUGCACAAGACAUACGCAUGCCCCCUGUUAAUAAACAGACAGAAAGGGCUCUUGCAGAAAACUAUUCAAAAGAGAUGAUUACCAAGAACCGUGCAAUGACUGCGUGGAUCUAACAUGUAUAUGCUGAUAUAAUUGCAUA